AUAUCGGCCGCUCCCAGCUCCAAGUCUCCCAGACUCGACACGGCGUCGCGUCGCGUCGCCCAAUGCAACCACGUGACCGCGACCAGAUGAGGGAUCCGAUGUGCGGCGAUAGACUCUGGAUAGACUCUAUUAGUUUCAAAGUUCGAGCACCCCGGUCCAGAGCCCAGACACCUCUUCCAGCGCAGACACCCGUCUCCUCAUAAACACCAUCGCAGAACAGCGACCCCCGACCUCUCUCUAUCACCCUUCAUCACUCAGAAUACAGCCAAGAUGCCGCGCCAGUUUUUCGUCGGCGGAAACUUCAAGAUGAACCCGGGGACGGCCGAGCAGAAGAAGACAAUCGUGAAGGUGCUCAACGAGGCGACGCUCGACCAGGCCGUCGAGGUGGUGAUUGCCCCACCCGCGAUCUGGUUGAUCACACUCCGCGAGCUCCUCCGGAGCGACAUCAAGGUGUCUGCGCAGAACUGCUACUUCAAGCCGUCGGGCGCGUUCACGGGUGAAAUCAGCCCCGCGCAACUCGUCGACGCGCAAGUCCCCUAUGUCAUCCUCGGUCACUCCGAGCGGCGAACGCUCUUCCACGAAACGUCCGAGCUCGUUGCGCAAAAGACCAAGGCCGCGCUCGAGGCCGGCCUCUCCGUGAUCCUCUGCGUGGGCGAGACGCUGCAGGAGCGCGAGGCGAACAAGACCGCGGAGGUCGUCCAGGCGCAGCUCAAGCCCGUCAUCGACACGCUCAAGGAGUCUGAUUGGGCGAAGAUCGUGAUCGCGUACGAGCCCGUCUGGGCGAUCGGCACGGGCAAGGUCGCCACGUCGGCGCAGGCGCAGGAGGCACACGCGGACAUCCGCGCGUACGUCACCAAGGCGGUCUCCCCCGCCGUCGCGGAGAACACCCGUGUCAUCUACGGCGGCAGCGUCACCGCCGCGAACUGCAAGGAGCUCGCGACCCAGCCGGACGUGGACGGCUUCCUUGUCGGCGGCGCGUCGCUCAAGCCCGAGUUUGUGGACAUCAUCAACGCGAAGAAGUCUACAUAGAGGAUGGCAACUGAGCAGUACUGCGAAGUAUAGAAGACGUGAUCCUUUGUGCGGCAUCUAACGGAACGUGGGCAGAAGCAGAAACAGCAGCAAUGAAUGUACCUUUAUCCCUUCUGUGUCUUGCCCGAUUGCGUGUCGCGCUUACCAAGUGUGCAGUCAAGUUGCAACUGGCCUCGAUUAUGGUCCUUGCAGUAUCAAAAAGGGGGCGCACACGGCGACUCGGAGUAGACAUCCGGUACUAGUCUGCCCGUUCCAAACCGGCC